UCUCAUUUCCCGCUCUAUAUAAACACACACGCAUUCCUUCACUUCUUCAAAUCUCAUUCACAAUUCAAAAUCUCUCUCUCUAAAUUUAUCUCUGCAUUCAAACUUUCCCUCCACUAUCACGAUGCUUGCAAGCUUGAAAUCCGAAGAAUCAAGCGGCCAGAUGCAGCUGGUUGAACGCGAAGACAUGGAAGAUGAAGAAGACCUCUUCGAAGCUAUCGACAAGCUGAUUUCUCAAGGAAUUAAUGCCGGAGAUGUGAAGAAGCUUCAGGACGCAGGGAUCUUUACCUGCAAUGGCUUGAUGAUGCACACGAAGAAGAAUUUGACUGGAAUCAAAGGUUUAUCUGAGGCGAAGGUUGAUAAGAUCUGUGAAGCUGCUGAGAAGCUCGUGAAUUCUGGUUACAUUACUGGAAGUGAUGCACUGCUCAAAAGAAAGUCUGUGGUUCGAAUUACUACUGGAAGUCAAGCGCUUGAUGAAUUGCUAGGAGGUGGAAUCGAGACACUGUCGAUUACUGAAGCAUUCGGAGAAUUCCGAUCUGGGAAAACACAACUUGCUCAUACUCUCUGUGUUUCCACUCAGCUGCCAACUAGUAUGCAUGGAGGCAAUGGAAAAGUUGCUUACAUUGACACUGAAGGAACUUUUCGACCUGACCGAAUUGUUGCCAUAGCUGAGAGGUUUGGCAUGGAUCCAGGGGCUGUACUAGACAAUAUUAUCUAUGCCCGUGCCUACACUUAUGAGCAUCAGUAUAACCUUCUCCUUGGUUUGGCUGCUAAAAUGGCUGAAGAACCAUUCAGACUUCUGAUUGUGGAUUCUGUGAUUGCUUUGUUUCGGGUUGACUUCACUGGAAGAGGAGAGCUUGCUGAGCGCCAGCAAAAAUUGGCACAGAUGCUUUCUCGAUUGAUCAAGAUAGCUGAGGAAUUCAAUGUUGCUGUUUAUAUGACAAAUCAGGUCAUAGCUGAUCCAGGAGGUGGUAUGUUCAUUACUGAUCCAAAGAAACCAGCAGGGGGGCAUGUGCUAGCUCAUGCAGCCACCAUAAGGCUGAUGUUCAGGAAGGGGAAAGGUGAACAACGUGUUUGCAAAGUGUUUGACGCCCCAAACCUGCCAGAGGCUGAAGCAGUGUUCCAGAUAACUCCAGGGGGCAUUGCUGAUGCAAAAGACUAAAGGCAACUGCUUCUGACUUUUAAGGCUCUUCCACAACAGAGACAGAAUAUUAUUAGUAACCUUAAUCAUCUUUAUAUAUGCUUAUAGUUUGUAUUGAAAGUGUUGAUCCUUGAACACUUGGCAUAUUCCACUUAGUAUAAUCCAGAGGUACCAUGUGAGUACCUUUUAUAUAUGUUUCCUUUGUAGCAAGCAGCUAAUAUUUGGCAAUUAUAAUGUAACUUAACAGUUCAAAAUCUUAAUGCCAUUGACUUUCUGGGGUGAGCAGAUUUUCUUACAUAA